AUGCCUCCUCCUCCCAAAGACAGCGCCAUGCGACGAAGCAGCCGCAGCUACUUUGCCAUUGGACGUGAGUUUUACGACGAUCACUACUCGGAUAGUUCGAUAGCAUCGGUCGAUGAAAAGCUGGACUUUAGUCAUUCCAUUCCCCGCGACCAAGAAUUGCAAGUGUUGCAGCAAGCCUACCAACAAGCCAUAGAUGCUGAUGACGCUAGUAGCAAUGGCAACUCUCCCAUGGUAUUCAUCCACGGGUUAUCAGGGACUGGCAAGUCGACCCUCUUUCAGCAGUUUGCCAAAUCUCUCGAAGAAAACUCUACAACAUCGAGUACUAGUAAGCCGUAUGUUCUGCGUGGGAAAUACCAAGAAUCGAGUACUCGAGAUCCUCUGAGUGCGAUUGUGGAGGCAUUCAAUGGCAUUGCCGGUCUGGAUGGAUCCAUUCUCGGCAAUCUACGGCCUUUGCUAGGACGACAAGCCAGUUCUGGGACACUCAUGAGUAGUACUGCUAAUAGCAUUAGUGCUGACGACGAUUGUGAAGACAAUGCAUCGACCGCCACGAACAGUAGCACCAACUCGCAGACACGGCGGGAUUCGAGUAAAGCGUGGAAUCGAGUCAAGUACAUGUUUCGAGCCGUCAUGAUGGCACUUACCAAACAGAAACCCGUAGUCUUGUUCCUCGAUGACUUGCAGUGGUGUGAUAAGGCAAGCAUGGAAUUGGUGCAGGAAAUGGUACUCGAUAGAGACUUGACCAACUUUCUCUUUGUAGGCGCUUAUCGAACCAGUGACGAGGAAGAGGAGGCGGACUAUGGCAACAACAACAAUUCUUCUCAACAAGCAAACAAUAAUAACAACAAUCAUCAUCAUGGCCACUGGGACGUGGUGCGAAAAAUACAAAAAACCAAUAUACCGUCCAUUCAUUUGAACAAUCUGUCUCUGGAAGGAAUGACACAGUACUUGAAACUGGUCCUCCAUCAAGAUCAAGAAGAAGAGGCUGAGGAGGAUGAUUAUUCAAGAUUGCACGAAUUGGCACAAGCCCUGCACAAAAUCACCAAUGGAAACAUUAUCUUUACCAAGGUUCUCCUCGAGGAACUAUACUCCAAACGGCUCUUGUCUUUCUCCCACAUGACAUUUACAUGGGAGUGGGAACUGGAACAGAUACCCAUGCUCGACAAUGUACUAGAGGCUGUCACACAACGGAUCCAAUCCAGAACCAAAAAAUCCAUGCUCCUCCGCAAUUUACUCAUUACCAUGGCAUACUUGCCUCGCAAUCGAGUUUCUAUUGAAUGCCUACAAUAUCUCAUUUGUCAUCUCGGAAAAACCGAUCCAGAAGAAGCGUCCUUAAUCCAGGAACUGGACAAGGCAGUCGGGGAUGGAUUUCUGGUACGGGACGCGGUAGACACCAAAUCCUACGGGUUUGCGCACGAUCGCAUCAAAGAAGCAGCGUAUUCACUCAUGCCGGAAGGUAAAGAACGAGAACGCUUUCGGUACAAAUGUGGGACAGUCUUGUAUGAAAUGUACGAAAACAGCGGUCUCGACUGGAUGCUACUCGCCGCUGCCGAUCAUAUCAACGCGACAACCAAAGCCGUCACCAAGGGAAAAGAUGCCAUUUUUCUUACAAAACUCAAUCUAGAGGCCGGCGAACGAUGCAUGUCGGUCGCGGCAUUCGAUAGUGUGUCCAAGUACCUCGGUCACGCCACAACCUACCUCGAAACAAUCAACACGGAACCAGUAUGGACGCAUCACUACGAUCUCACCCUGCAAGUAUACUCGCUCCGUGCCGAUGCCGAACUGGCCAACGGGAACUGGGAGAUGGGAUAUCAACUUUCCAAACAAGUAUUGGAACACGCCAGGUCCAUUGACGAUAAACUUCCAACGCAAUUAUCACUCGCCAUGGCUCUGGGACGACAAAAGAGCCACGACGAAUCGUUCCAAUUGAGUUGUUCGACAUUGCAAUCCAUGGGCUUGUACCCCAAGACGACAUUCGGAGUCACGACGGGGUUGAUUCGCGAUUUGAUGUACGUCAAACGAUAUUUUCGAAAAAAGUCGGACGACGAAAUUCGGAGCUUGCCCAUGUCAUCGGAUACCAGAAUGGAGCUAGCCACCGAGCUCUAUGGCACAUCCAUGCAUCAAUGCAUUUUCCUACACCGUAUCAAUGAUCUCGUCGCAAUGACCUUGAAGGGCGUUCGAUUGAGUUUGCAAUCGGGCAGUCUCUUUCCGCAAACCGGCCGAAUGAUCACAACCUACUUUUUCGUGUGCGACGCGCUCGGUGACUACCAAGGGGCUUGUCGAUUUGCCAAUCUGGGCCUCGCUUUGGCAGCGCAAAAUCCAGAGAAUUCCAAGUAUGGGUUCCUCUUGUACAUGAGAACUGUCUUUCUCGACUCGUGGCACAAGACGCCCAAGGAAAUGUCGGACCUGUAUGAGACCGCCUACCAACGCAACAUGGAAGCGGGGGAUUAUGAAUCCGCGCUGAUUGCGCGGGCCAGUUCUCUGGACCACGAGUUCCUAGCGGGAACUCCUUUGGCAUUGCUCGACAUUCGAUUUCAGGAUCUGAUCAAACGACAAGAAAUGUGUGUGGAUUCGUUGAAGAGAGUCACCGAGCAACAAUGGCUCCCUGUGCGUCAUCUUCGGGGCACGAUCGACACCCCAUUGAACUUUGAUUCUCUGGCGGAUUUUGACAAGGAUGAUAGUGACAAGAUCUAUUUGAUCGCGUGCUUUGCGUCCCGCCUCAUUAUUGCAGUCUUUUGGGGCAACUACGAGUUUGCCGAGAGCAUCCUUGCCAAAGCGGGUCCAGUGACAGACAAGUCGUACACGGGGAAGGUGCCGAGGUUGUUUUUCACAACGAUUGUCUACAGCACGCUGUACCGUAUCAAUGGAAACCGAUCCUAUCGAAAACAGGGCAAAGCUGCAACUUCGGAGCUCAAGAGUUUGAGUCAAGAGAGGGGAAUGAACAGCUGGCACCGUGUCCUCAUCGCCAAUGCUCACAUUGCAGGUUGCUCGAGAAAGAAAAAGUUAAGGGUCGAAGAUGUUCUGCGGGAGUACGACAAGGGUGUUGAAGCCGCCCUGGGAUGCCACCACAAACAAGACGCCGCGUUGGCGUCGCAAUUGGCAGCUGAGUUUUUGCUUUGGGUUCAGGAGGGCGGAAACAAGUCCAGAAGCAUUCUCAGUACCUGGGAGGAGGAUCGAGGUGACUUUGUUAUAGUUAGAUCCAUCAAUAGUGGCAUUCAGCGAGUGCCUCUUUGUGAUGUCCAGUAA